AUGUAAUUAGUAAGAUUGACUACUAAAGCACAUACAACUAGAAAUGUUCCUUUAAGAUCUCCAGAAAAAACUUAACCCAUUAUAAUUCAAUUUCCAAAUUACAUAUUUUUAGGUCCCACAGAUAACAUAAAAAUAGUAAAAUUUACAAAGAACAUAUAAUCAUCUAAUUUUAAACAAAUAAGAACAAAAUCUCCUUGCAAAGAUUAAAACAUAAGUUUUGUGAAAAAUGUUGAUGAAAUUAAAACAAAACAUCAAAAAACUUCUAGUGUUUAAAUAAUAACUUAAAAUCCUGAUCUUUUUUCUAAAUUACAAUCCCAAAACAGUACUACUUAUAAACUAAGUAACAUAACAGCUUUAUAGACAAUAUCAAAUAAACAUAAACAUCAUCGAUCUGAAUUAACUCAAGAUACUUGUAGUGAGUAACCAAGUACUCCUACUUUAACAUUUCCAAUAUUAAAAUAUGUUGAAUACUCUAGUAAUAUUUAAUAAGGAAAUAUGUUUAAUAAAUCCAAUAAAUUAAUUGGUUAGAUUACAUUUUAGAAUGGUUUAUACUAUGAAGGAGAGAUAGUUAAAGUAGAUGAUAUGAUAAUCAUAGAAGGUUAAGGUAUUUUAUAUACAGACAAUUCUAAAUUUUAUAUAGUAUAUGAGGGAAGAUGGAAAAAUAAUUGUUUUCAUGGUAAAGGGAAAUACUUUAAUUAAUAUCAAAUAGAAUCUUCAAAUGAUUGGCAUUUCAAUUGGAAGAUGAUUUAAGGUAUAUUUAAUAUUUAUUAAUUUAAGCAAUAUUUAAUAAAAAUGAGAUUAUUGAAGGUAAAAUUGAUUUCUAUAUAAAUGAAGAUAUCAUAGCACAUUAAAUUUAAUAUUCAAAAUGA